CCAGGGCGCUGGCGACGGAGUUGUCCAGGGACGGUCAGUGGCAUUUGAGGCAGCAGGGACCUGACACAAUGAAAGUGCAGGUGAAUGAGGAUGUUCUCGCUUACAUGGAGGCAGAUGCUGUUCCAGAGGCUCAGGGCAGCACCAACCCGGCAGGCCCAGAUGGGCCUCAGAGCAGAAACUCCGUGGUUAUCUGCCAGGCAGUUGGCCGAAGCAUCUUCACCUCCAGCGUCUCGUCAGCUGCUGGGCGAGUUGGCUUCCUGCUGCAGAAGGAGGAGGGAAAGGAAGCAAGCUGCCCGGUGCUGUUCAUACAGCUCAAUGAGCUGUUCAACACCCCUGACGGCCUGCAGUGGAAGCAGACAGCCAGGUGGAUUAAGUUUGAGGAGAAGGUGGAAGAUGGAGGAGAGCGAUGGAGCAAACCCCACAUCACAGCCCUUUCCUUACACAGUCUAUUCGAGCUAAGGACAUGCAUCAAGAAAGGGACGGUCCUGCUGGAUUUAGAUGCCCACAGUUUGAAGCAAAUAGUGGAGAAGGUGAUUGCGCAGAUUGAUGCUCACGCCCUGAGGCCGGAGGUGAGAAAGAAGCUCAUGUCUGUGCUGCUCCGCACCCCCCAGCACCACACCACCAAGUCCCAGCUGAGGAGAGUGGCUGAGCUGGGUGCUGCCUGCUGCAGGGACAAAGCUCGUAACCGGUCGGAUCCAGGAGCUGAGAUUUCAGAAGCACCCCUCAAGGAGCAGCUAAAAAACCAAUUCCAGAAGAAGAUCCCAGCCGAGGCUGAAGUGUCCAACAUUCUUGUGGGUGAAGUGGACUUCCUAGAGAAGCCAUUUAUUGCCUUCAUCCGACUGCAGGAGGCCGUGGGACUCGGGGCCUUGACGGAGGUUGCAUUCCCCAGCAGGUUUCUUUUUAUCCUCCUGGGCCCCAGAGCCAAAGUGAAAGCCUAUCAUGAGAUUGGAAGGGCCGUGGCCACGGUACUGACGGAUGAGCUCUUCCAGCGAGUUGCCUGUCAGGCUCAGGACAGAGAAGACCUCAUUGCAGGGAUUGAUGAGUUUCUGGAUGAGCUGACUGUGCUGCCUCCAGGCAAAUGGGACCCGACCACCCGAAUCCCUCCGCCAAAGUGCCUGCCCUCUCCUCACAAGAGGAUCUCCAUGCACCUCCGGGAAUGGAAAUCUCAUUGCAACGGGAACGUGUCUGCAGCUGACGACAGACAUACCCAUGGGCACCAGCCUGUCAGCGAGGAGCUGCAGAGAACAGGAAGGUUAUUUGGAGGGCUGGUAAAGGACAUCCGGAGGAAGGCCCCUUGGUACUGGAGUGACUUCUAUGACGCCCUGAACAUCCAGUGCUUUUCAGCUAUUCUCUAUAUCUACCUGGCGACUGUUACCAAUGCAAUUACUUUUGGUGGCAUGCUGGGAGACGCUACCGAUAACAUGCAGGGAGUGCUGGAGAGUUUCCUGGGCACCGCUAUCGCUGGAGCUGUCUUCUGCCUCUUUGCUGGACAACCGCUCACCAUCCUGAGUAGCACUGGCCCUGUCCUAGUCUUUGAACGGCUCCUCUUCUCCUUUAGCAAAGACUACAGCCUGGAUUACUUGGAGUUCCGCUUCUGGAUUGGCCUCUGGGUGGCCUUUUUCGGACUGAUUUUGGUGGCCACCGAAGCGAGUUACCUGGUGCAGUAUUUUACCCGCUUCACCGAGGAAGGCUUCUGUGCCCUCAUCAGCUUCAUAUUCAUCUAUGAUGCUGUGAAGAAGAUGCUGAGCUUGGCGGACAGCUUCCCCGUCAACUGGGAUUACAAGAUCAAUGACGUCACUCUCUACGGCUGCAUCUGUAACUCAUCUGGCACAGGCAACGCCUCCAUGCUGACUGAGAUGCUGCUCCCACCCCCUGGCAGUGCUGCGAUGCAGCAGGGUCUGGAGGCUGCAAACUGGUCCCUGCUGACCCGGACAGAGUGUUUGCAAGUGGGAGGCCACCUGGUGGGGAACAGCUGUAACUACGUGCCUGACAUCACCUUCAUGGCCUUCACCCUCUUCUUGGGGACCUUCCUCUGCUCCAUGAUGCUCAAGAGCUUUAAAACCAGCCGCUAUUUCCCCACAGCCCUGAGGAAGCUAGUGAGCGACUUCUCCAUCAUCCUGGCCAUCCUCAUCUUCUGCGGGAUUGAUGCCAUUCUGGGGCUAGAGACCCCCAAGCUCAUCGUCCCCAGCGAGUUCAAGCCCACAAACUCCCAGCGAGGCUGGGUCGUAUUUCCCUUGGGAGUGAACCCCUGGUGGGUUUGCCUGGUCUCCGCAGUGCCUGCCGUUCUGGUCAUCAUCCUCAUCUUCAUGGACCAGCAAAUCACCGCCGUCAUCCUCAACCGCAAAGAAUACAGGCUCCAGAAAGGGGCAGGUUUUCACCUGGAUUUAUUCUGCGUUUCCCUUCUGAUGAUCCUCACAUCUGUGACGGGUCUCCCCUGGUAUGUGUCUGCCACCGUCAUCUCCCUGGCCCACAUGGACAGCCUGAAAAAGGAGAGUACAACUUCUGCACCAGGAGAGCAGCCCAAGUUCCUGGGAAUCAGGGAGCAGAGACUGACUGGCCUGGUGGUCUUUAUCCUCACUGGAGUGUCGGUUUUUUUGGCCCCGGUUCUCAAGUAUAUCCCUAUGCCUGUGCUGUAUGGAGUCUUUCUUUACAUGGGCGUGGCCGCUCUUAACAGUAUCCAGUUCAUGGACAGAAUCCAGCUCCUUCUGAUGCCUGCCAAACACCAGCCUGACUUCAUGUACCUUCGCCACGUCCCCCUGCGCCGAGUGCACCUAUUCACCCUCAUUCAGAUGCUCUGCCUGGCUGCACUGUGGAUCCUCAAGUCAACCGUAGCUGCCAUUAUUUUCCCAGUGAUGCUCCUGGCGCUGGUGGGGAUCCGGAAGGCGAUGGAGUGCAUCUUCUCCCAGCAGGACCUCAGCUGGCUGGAUGACAUCAUGCCAGAAAAAGACAGGAAGGAGGAAGAAGAAAAACUGCAGAGGAGCCAGGAGAAGGAGGAGAGUGACAGUGAGGAUUCUGAAUUCCUGUACCAGGAAAAAGGACCAGAAAUCAAUAUCUCUGUGAAUUAGAGGAAUCCAGCCUCGCGGAUGGGACAAGGCGAAAGGGAGUGUUUUCUGAUGGUCUCAUGCACGUGGGAAGCAGACGACUUACAUUUCUGGGAAGAGGUUGAUCUUCAGACCUCCAUCGACAUCCCAGGAACUGAGCAUGGCUGGUGCAUGGAUGGUUUAAAGGGAAGAUGCAAUGCAGGGAACAAGUGUUUUUAAGCUUAAAAUUCUGGAACAAAAUGGACACAGCAGUCUCUCUCCCUCUGACAUAACCUGCUGUGCUGGGUAGGAUGCCAUUACCAAAUACCUUUCCUGCAUAGUCCCUGACUGGAUACCAUGAGUUGUUUGCAGUGUUGUUAUAGCCAUGUAGGUCCCAGGAUAUUAGAGACAAUGUGGGUGAGGUAAUAGCUUUUAUUGGACCAACUUCCUUUGGUGAAAGAGACAACAGAAGAUUUGAAGAGCUCUGUGUAAGCACACAAGCUUGUCUCUUUCCCCAUCUACCUUGUCUCUCUGGACACUGUCAGCUAACUCCUGU